UCCGAUAUCAAGCUAAUAUGGCGGCUGCCAACUGACUGUCGACCAAAUAAACGUGGAACACACACUAAAGGCGGCGUCACGUUUUUCUUCCCCGAUCGACUGAUCUCUGAGCCCCGAAUCCCGAACGAAACUCGAUCUUGAUGGCUCGAUCGAGCUCACACUUUUACGUGCUGCCACGGACGAAAAGCGGAUGAUGCCGUCCUCUUCUCUUUGGCAAUCAACUGUACGUAGUACGCAAAGCAUCCACUUGCAAUGCAAACCUAACACAAAACAUAUACUAGAAUCGUACGAAGAUAGGACUUUCCCAACUAGCGACCGACACACCCGAAAGAAGCGAGUGAACCCCGGGUGUGUUUGAAAGCCUCAGAGACCAACCACCGAGUGGGGUGCGAUCUCAUUGCGCUGUGGUCGUGACAACUUGUGAAGAAACGCACUCAGAGCACUUUUUUUCGCGAAGAAAAAUUUCGGGAGAAAGUUUUCGGGAAAGGACUUUGAGGGUUCUAUUUACGUGUAAUCAUGAAUUACCAAAUGAUUCGCCACCGAUUAAGUUGGGUCUUGGUGGUGGGCUUUGGGGUUACCCUUUGCAUGGUGUUAAUCAUCCAACCCGGUUACCCAACGGAGAAGUCGUUUGCCCCGAUUCAAAAUCAUUUGGAGCGACUGACACAGGCUCUUAACAAACAAUUUCGUCAAAGUGAGAUUCGAGUAGACGAUGCUCGACCUCAUCAAUCUAGGAAUAUUUUAGAUGGAUGUCGCUACGUGUACCUCGACGUGGGCUCAAAUGUUGGCAUUCAAGUCAGAAAGCUCUUUGAGCCUGAUCUCUAUCCAGAUGCGUUGGUUCAUAAGGUCUUCAAUGAAGCUUUUGGCAAUCCUCGAGACCUUUCUGUGAUAUGCUCGGUCGGUUUCGAGCCCAACCCAAAUCAUUCGAAAAAACUUUCAC